AUGGCCAGCUCAGCGUCUGCGCACCGCCAUAGAUGGCGGUCUCCGUCUCAAGAAACAUCUCAUACCUCCCGGACCGCUGACCGGCACCGUCUCCACGACACGGACUCUAGAAGGCGACACUACUCAUCAAGCUCCGAAGAUGACCAAGAACGCCGGAGGAGGGGCGACGACAGGCGUAAGGACGAGAACAUCCGGGCAAGGCCGCGCCGCAAAAGUCGGGACAGGAAGGCGGACGACUAUCAUGGCCGCAGGCAUCGCUCUAUAAGCCCUGCGGAGAGGGAACAACCACGGAAGCGAAGAAGGAGCAGGAGCAGGAGUAGAAGCAAGAGCAGAGAUUCCGAUCGCCGCUGGCGGAGGAAGAGUCGGAGCAGAGACAGGAGCGGAGAUUACCACAAGGAAGGCAGAAGAAGACACAGGGACAGCAAUCCUCGCUCCACUAGCCCACCGUCACGACGCAGAGCCGCAUCCCCAGCGAACGGCCACACACGCAGAUCCCAGCGACGCUCACGCAGUCCAACCAGCUCCCGUCGUCCCCGCUCGCACUCUCGCUCGCGCUCACCACCACGGAAGCGUCGUCGGAAGUCCAACAGUCCCUCCCCCCCGCCGGCACCUCGCUCCCGCGCCGCCCUCCCCGACCAAGCAACCGCCUUCCACCACGAGACCCCCGGCGCCCCAGCGCCCCCACCGGAGAAGCAAAAGCCGAACCUCAACCCCACAGGCCUGCUGGCCAAAGAAACCAACACCGUCUCCAUCGGCGGGGCCUCCAUAGUCCUGAAAUACAACGAGCCCUCCGACGCGCGGAAGCCCUCCGCCUCCACCCCCUGGCGGCUCUACGUCUUCAAAGGCCGCGACAUCCUCGACACCAUACCCCUGCACACGCGGUCGUGCUGGCUGAUCGGGCGCGAAGAGCGGGUCGCGGACUUGUGCGUGCGGCAUCCGAGCACUAGCGGGCAGCACGCGGCGAUUCAGUUUCGGCAGACGGUUAGGGUGGAUGAGUGGGGGGAGAGGGAUGUCAGGGUUAGGCCGUAUGUGAUUGAUUUGGAGAGUAGUAAUGGGACGAUGUUGAAUGGGGAGAGGGUUGAGGCGACUCGGUUUGUGGAGCUCAGGGAUGGGGAUGUGCUUAGGUUUGGGGAGAGUGAGAGGGAGUACGUUGUUAUGCUGCCGCCGGCUGAUAAGAAGGGGUGA